GUGUUCUACUCGUAUGGUGUUGGCUUUGGUGCACUCAUUGCUCUUGGAUCUCACAAUAAAUUCAAUCACAAUUGCUUCAGGGACGCGUUCAUAAUGUGCGUCAUCAAUGGCUGUACAUCAAUUCUUGCCGGUUUUGUGGUGUUCUCCAUCCUUGGCUACAUGUCCGUCAUUGCCCAGAAGGAUAUCGCAGACAUUGUGAAACCUGGAGUCGGAUUGGCCUUCCUAGCAUAUCCAGAAGUUGCUAGCAAUCUACCAGCAAAACAAAUUUGGUCAUGCCUUUUCUUCCUCAUGAUCACCAUUCUUGGUUUGGACAGUCAGGUAUGCAUGAUGGAAGGUCUGUUUACGGCACUCGAGGAUGCGUUCCCCUUCAUACUUCGGAAGCACAAAAAAGUCUCCCUAGCCAUGACCUGUCUGAUAUUCUUUAUUAUCGGGAUCCCUAUGGUUACAAAUGCCGGCGCUUAUUGGCUACAAUUACUGGACACUUACGGUGCUAGCGGUUAUGCGCUGUUAUUCGUGGUGUUCUUCGAAGUUAUUGGAUUGUCAUGGGGUUUCGGAGCUGAGCGAAUCCGAGCGGCACUUAAAGAAAUGGUUGGCAUCAAGCUAAGCUAUCCAUGGAUUAUUAUAUGGAAGUACGCCGCACCAGCUACCAGUGCAAUACUGUUCUUCUUCUGUGUCAUCUAUUAUCGCCCCGUAAAAUAUCCAACCGGUGAAGAUUAUCCCCUAUGGGCCAACGUAUUCGGAUUCUUCUUGUCAUCAUGUUCAAUGGUUGUCAUACCUGGCUAUGCCCUCUAUUACUUGUUAUUCACCAAUAAGCAUUUAACAAUUAAAGAGAGGUUCUUCAAAGGCAUAAGAGCACCAGAUAUCAUAGAAACUGGCAGGCCACCGGUUGCAAAUGUCGAGGAGCUGCGGUUCCUGAACAACGAGAAGAAUUAG